AUGGCCCCAGGCACAGCUCCCAAGGCCGCAAGGGCUCAUGCCCUCAGCGCCGCCAACGUCACGUCAAAGGCCACCUCUGCCCAGGCAGCUUACAACCUGGCCAGGGUUGGUGCUGGGGGGCAGCCUGUGCUCUCGAACCCGAAUGCUCACACAACAGCCCAGCUCGUGCCCACCGAAGACCCCACCCCGAGCGAACCACCAGAGGCCAACGGCUCCCCCGAGUUGCAGUAUACGAGCAUGUCACAGUCUGACUAUGCCGACCCCAAGGAGCUUGCGGGGCAGCCCUAUAAGGAUGGGCGGAUAAGAAACCCAGUCCCCAGCAAGCUCAAGGGGAAGACGAGCAACUCCUCAGGCAGUUUUGGUGUGAUGCACAUGGACAUCAAGGGCAAGGACCUCGCAACGGACAGGGACGCCGCUGCGAAACGGACGAGCGAGAACACGGCCCUAGCGGCCAAGAUGGCUUAUCAGAGCGGAUACCAACCGCACCGGAAAUCGAAUUGGAUGAGGAUACCCGAGGAGACGCCCGAGCCCGGUGUCCCUUUCACGGGGACUACUCCAUACGAUCACGCCCUGUACGGUCUGAAACAACCAGCCUCGAAUCCUCCAAGAGAGACGACUGUGACGCCGGUGGCACCCGCGACCUCAGCAGCACCAACCGCACCAAUGGUACCAGUAGCGCAAGAAGGGGGAGGAACGGCGACGUACGAGAUUCAGCCCUUGACUCCUGGCGAGACGAAGGAACAGCAGGCGCGGUUACUCACACUGCUUCGCACCCUGCAACCUGUCGCCGUCGUCGACCAGCUCUGCAAGGCGUUGGCAUAUUUUGGCGGCGUCCCUGAAGCCCCACCGCCACAGGACGGAAAGUUCCCUGAGAGCGCUGAGGCCAAUGGCUCGGGUGCCGUCUUCGUUGGAUGGGUUGCAGAGAUCUUUCCCGACCUUGAUGCCCAAGGAAGACGCAAGACCAGGGCGCCACGAGUUGUCGAGCAUCCUGUCGCUCCCGUCACUCCUGCCGCUGCUGCCACAGCCACCCCACCCGUACAGACAGUCGAAAAGCGAGGGCGUGGCAGACCCAAAGGUAGCAAGGCCAGCAAAUUCAGGAGUGACAAGGGUGUGAAGAAAGGUCCUAAGAAGUCAUCAGCUGGCGAGGGCGUGGAAACCAACGGCGGCGAGAACGACGACAGCUGGGUAGAUGCAGAUGACACUGCUAUCGGGGACCAAGAGGUUGUCCUAACGGGCGAACAGGCGCGGCAGAACCCACCAGCGCCUCAAACGAUCCCCGCCGAAGCAGAAGUGACUUCAAGCGCCAGGAAAAGGGGCAGGCCAAAGGGCUCAAAAGGCAAGCCCAAGGACGGAAACCCUGUGACAGAGAAUGGCUCGAGCAACAAUCUACAGCCACUUUCUGCGUUAUUCAGUCUGGGGAAGAAGGCGAGCCGGCCAAAGGGCUCGAAGCCUCGGCCCAAAGAGGGUGCAGGCAACCCUUCUGCUUCAACGGCCGCGGCUGGGACCACACAGAUGUUGGCUACGAAUGCCCAGAACGCUGCAGUUCCGGAACCACAACAACAGGGAGAGCCUGAAUUUGCGCUGGCUGCUCUGCAAGCCUUCAACGAGUCGCAUGCAGUUGAUGCAGGACAGCAGCAGCCAGGCUCAUUCCAGGCAGUGAACAAUUCUGCGCCAUCUGUGCCUGCUGCGCCCGGGGUGCAACCGAAGGCCAAGAAGGCCAAUGCUUCUAAGAGCGGCGAAAAGGCCCAGCCAGCCAAGAAGCGCAAGAGGAAUGCGAAGGACAGCGACGCUACUCACAACCAGGCAUUGCCGGGCAGUGUCCAAGCCACGAGCGAUGAGGCACCACCUAGCAAUGCAGCCCCGAUUUCUGUCAACGGAAAUGGGGUUCAUGAGAGUGCCAUUGCUGAGCCAACAUUGACGGCCCCGCCAGCUCCAAAACGACAGCGGAAGUCGAAGGCGAAGUCGUUAGCCAACGCUGCAGCAAAAGCCGCGCCCGUUGCCGACCAGAAUGCAGCAGCAUCGAGUACGCCACAGGUAUCUCACACUCCUGUGCCUCCUGUGCAGGCAGCUCAACCGCCUGCCGACGCUCAGGGAUACACCAGCCCGACUAUAGAAGAACUCACGGCCCAGCUCGAUGAACAUGAGGAGCAAAACUUUCGCGCCCCGGAGAUCACUACCAUGCGAGCUCCUACAAGGCAAGCCCACUCAUCACAAUCUGACCAAGCCCAAGCCCUAGCCCAGCCUCAAGCCCAGCCUCAACUGCCCCAACGGCCCACUCAGCAGGCUCAACCGCAGCAAGUUCAGCAACCAAAGGCUGUUAAUUCCGGCCAAGCGAUGGGCGAUCAGCAACAGAGGCAAGCUGCCAUGGCGCGUCAGAGGCAACAAUACCAUCAGCAGCAACAACAGCAGGCACAGCAGCAGGCACAGCAACAAUCCGGGGCACGGACGGCUUCACCUAGUGUCAACAACAUCCCUACAGCCUCGCCACAUCUGAGUGUCCAGUCUGUUUCUCCCAAUCUCAACCCAGCCCACUCGGUAUCCCCAAGCCUACAUCAGCAGCGCGUCUCUAACUCCCAGACGCCAACGUCCGUGGCCUCACAAGUCCAGAGCCAGCAAGCACGGAACUCGCAAGCCUACUACACACAACAAAAUCCUUCGACGCAGUCGCAGUAUGGUCAGCAGCAAGCCCAGCAGUAUGCGACAGCACAGCCCAAACAGCAGUACAACUUGCAGCAAUCCCAACAGCAGAGUUACUCGACACAGUCACCGUCGCAGCAGCCGCAAAGCUUCAGUGCCCAACAGACACAACCACAGUACGCGCAGCAGAAGCAGCAAUCUUAUGCGGCGCAGCAACCCCAGCAACAGUACGGCCAGGAGUCACAGCAGUACUCGACCCAGCAACGUGUUCAGCAGCCGCAAUACACCGCCACCUCGACUGCGACACCGUCUCAGACGAUGGCUUCGCAGUCACCACAGUACGGUGCUUCUGCCACACCAGCAUAUAACUCCAACGAUGGCGCGUUCCGGGCUAGCUCCUCGACGGGCUUGAGUUUUGCAACCUCCGCAUAUGGGACGAGCCAGUCGUCGAAUACGCCGAGAUCCAAUAACCUGUACCAGUCACCCGCCACAAACACCUACAGCAGCCCGAACCAGCAGACCUCAUCCUACGCCACAAGCCGCCGACCUCAGUCGACAAGCGCCUCACAGCAGACUCCCGUGCAGAACGUGCAGAGCCUGCCGCAAAAUAUCGGUGGCUUCUCUGAUUUUGGCGGCCUUGGGUUUGACAUGGCGGGCCUGGACAACUCUGCGGCUAGCCACAACAGCCUGGGCCUCAACCCUGCGCCUUACAACAUGAGUGCCGCAAACGUGUCGGGGAGGUCCUCGGCUGGCGCGACCAACUUCUCGUCCAUGAACAGCUUCGACUCGACCAUCCGCAACGACGCCUAUUCUGGCUACGGGCUGCCGGGUCGGAGAUAG